AUGGCGGAAGCAGGCCCAUCGAGCGCAAAGAUGGUCAGCGCGCCACUCCACCACGUCGCAGUGGCUCACCGCUCAGACACCUCGGUCUUCCUCUCAGCAAACUCGAUCCAGCUCGUCGAUGCUCGACCCGACGGCAGCUUCGAAACGUACGCCAUGUCAACAACGGUCUUCGUCCCGCAGCCCACCCUCCCCGAUCAGUCAGAUGCAGCACGCUACGCUGACAACCCGCACAUCAGCUUUGCUCGCCUCGCCAGCUUCUCGCAUUCCGAUCGAUUCCUCGCCCUCACUGGAGACGACAAGGUGCUGCGCGUGUGGAAGCUCGAGCGCACAGCGGAUCAGCGCAUCGAGGGCUUCGAGUUCGGCAAGGGGAUCGUCAUCAAGCUCUUGCCUAAGCGAGCGGCUGCUCUACACUGGAUGCCGCCGAGCGAUGCGACUCCAAGAGGGUCGGAGGAGCUCAUCUGCAUCGACCGUUUCGGAGACAUUCGCAGCUUCAUCAUCAACGAGCAUGACGUACGGACACUGCCAUCAGCCGAGAGCAAGAAGAACGGCGCCGAGAUCGACGAGCAGGACCAGAUGGACUCGCCCGACGAUCCUUCGAUGCAGAUCCUCCUCGGCCACGUCAGCAUGAUCACCAGCCUCGCCUUCAUUCCUGCAGCAAACAAGUCUUCGCCGCCCAGAUUCAUCAUCACAGGCGACCGCGACGAGCACAUUCGCAUCUCCCGUUGGGGGCCGAAACGUCUCGCAUACGUCGUCGAUCGAUACUUACAAGGCUCAGAGGCGUUUGUUGGAGCUCUUGCGGUUGUUUCUGACGCCGAUGGCAAGCUCAGACUGGUCAGUUCGGAAGGUGGGCGCGCUCUGCGAGUCUGGACCCUGCCACAGCCAGGUGAGCCUUCACCGGCGGACACCUCUUCCGACGAUGCAUGCAUUUCGAUCAACGAGCUGAGCUCGGCCCUUGCGCCCUACGUUCUGGCCCGCGACCGCGAGGAGAGGCAGAGGGAGUCCAAAGCGCUGCAGGCUUCAAGCAAGCGUAACAAGGCUGCCAAGCGAAAGCAGGCCGGAGACGGACAGGCAGACGAGAAGGAAGAGGCGGAGCCGUCAGCAGCCCAGUAUGCGCAGGACAGCAAGCCCGUGGUGGUCAUUUCGGAUCUGCUCCCGUUCAGCGAUGCAGAAGGAAAGCAAUGGCUGUUGGUAGUGGUCGAAGGAGCAACUGCCUUCUUCUAUGUGCCUGUCAGCGCCUUGCUGGUACCGCUUUUGGCAGACGAGAAGGUGCGCGACAUCUCGGAGCAGAUCCGUGUCACUACUGCGCCUGUCCCGAUCUUGCACCUCACACUGGUUCAGCGAUCCGAGACCGAUGUCGCCUCCGUCAUCACAACUUUCGAUACGCGGUCCGAGUUCCGACCAUCUUCGCCGACCACGGACGACACCGCCGAAGCAGGCGUCUUCACCCUCACCUCCUCGGGUCGAUUCGAACGCCAAUCCAACUCAGCCCUGAUUAGCGCGCUCCUCCCGGCCAGUUCACCAAGUAGCAACUCCGAACCACCCCGCGCCCUGCUCGACCCUUCGAUCGUGGAACACCUCAGCCUCUACCCCGCGCUCACCACGUGGCCCAAGAUCGAAGUGCCCUCGUCGGCCGAGAUCAUCGCCACGCGCUCCUCGCGCAAGGGGCGGUUCAACCAUCCGCUCGACACGUCCAUGAUCGGCGUCGCCCAGGUCGAGCAGAGCAAGCCGUCCAACGCCAGCUCGAAUCCCGAGGGGGAUGUGGAACAGCGAAGUAAGCUCGUUAAGACGAUGCAGGGGGGAAAGCGCGAGAGAGGGAGGGAGAGGAACAGGGAGGCGAUACGGGCGGCACAGGAGCAGGCGUCGCAGUGA